UUUUUUUUUAAUUUUGGGUGAGUUUGACACAUAUAUAUAUACCUAGCACACGCAUGCACACACACACACACACACACUUUUUGUUUUGUUUUCUUCAUUUCUUUCUGCCUCCCUGUUGCCAUGAGGGAAUUAAAAUGGCUGACAAAGGAAACGAAAUAGACAGUACAGUGAAAUCUAUGAAUUGGAAGUAGAUAAGAACGAUAAACAAAACAAAACCAUAAACAAGGGCAAGGACAUAAAAGUGGAAUCAGGAGUGAAGUCACCGUACAAAUUACAUUCAGGGAAGUGCUAUACAUUUGUCUUUAAACUUCCUUGCAGCCAAAACAAAGAGAAAACCAUGACAGGUUUUCCAACAUUCAUAAGAAUAUAAAAUAAAUUCCCUCAUUGAUUGCUAGAGCUUGUAAAAAAUGACCAACCCUGAGUUUUUAGAGAACUCACUGGUAAGACAACUCCUCUUGAAAACAAUUAUAGGCUGUGGAGACCUAAACGCCAGGACAGAGGCAGAAGCCAUACCUUCCCUGGGACAUGUGUGGAGAAGUAGACUAAUCUCCUUUCAAUCCUAGAGGAUGAGUUUCUAGGGGAGAAAAAAAGCUAUGAUUAGUGCAAUGAUGUUGGCAAGACCAAGAUCUUAUGGCAAAUUGGGAGUUAAGGGGGGAAUUUUAAAAAUUAUUUCAUAUAAAUGUACAUGUAUAUUUUAUUAGUAAACCAAAGAUUUGGAAGGCACCAGCAUUUAUAAUAGCCAUUAAAACACAUUUUAUCAAAUAAACCUCUUAAAUCAACAUUGCUUCCCUAAGUUGGUCAUGGAACGCUGCUGCCUUGCUGACAUUCUUCCCCUUUUACUUUAAGCUCACUGCCAGUCUUUGUCAAGUUUUCAGAGGAAACUCUUCUAGCUUACAAUGUAAUGUUUCUUGCCCUUGCAUCCUCCCCUGAUUCAUUUUCAAAAGUCUUCGCAAACUGCCUGGUCUUUUCACAGGUAAAUUUGAUGGUUAAGUCACAUUGAAUAGGCUAGUCUUUUCUCCAUAUUGAAAAGGUGAAGCAUAAGGAUUUUUUUUCACAUUAUCUUUGUAACUCAACCCACAGUAAUAGUCCAAGGACCGCCUGUAUCAGAAUUUGCUAGGCUGCUUGUCAAAAUGAAGAUUCCUGGGCCUCAUUACAGAAUUUCUGAAGCUCUGAGGAGGGAGUCCAGGGAUCUAUAAUUUAGAAAGCUACCCAGCUUAGCUAUGCACACUCAGUUUGUAAACCAGUGUUUUGAGAUUUUGACUGUAAAAUUUCUGGUAUAUGAGCAUAAAAUGGGAGGAUUUCCAUACCACAGUUUAUGAGGGUUUAUUAUAUUAACACUAACUAAAACACUAAUGCAUGUUCAAUUUAAUAAGUGAUGAUUACCUGCUAAUAAAAUUGGAAAGAUCAAGCUUAGAAAAACUCUGCAUUUUUUGAGCCCUUUAAGCCAUAUCUCAGAGUUGUAUAAAACAUUAUUUAAUUUUUUUAGCUACCGUUUGUUGAAAACUACUAUAUGGUAAGUCAUAUGUUGUAUCUCUGGAUACUAGACAUACAAAGAUGUGUAGGAACUGGAAAGUCUGUUAUCUGCAAAAACUCAUAAUCUAGGGUAAUUUAUUAUCACUAGAAUAUUUUCUUCUCCAUACUAGGGUGAGUAUGAAUUGCCACAGAAUCUCCUCUUCAGCAAAACUCAAGAUUUACAUUGUAUCAUAUCAGUAUAAGUAUACAUUUGCUGGCAGCAAUUUCAUAUGGAAGAAUCCUGCUACAAUUUGGAAACUGCAAAACAUAAGUGAGGUUUACAGGGUCCACCAUCUUCCCUGUCAGCAGAGAUUGUAUCCCCCAGGAGUGAGAUGGGAGGUAUCACUGGGACCUUCUAAUUCCAUUUCUCCCAUCGCCACUCAGUGAUUUGUUACCACUAUACUCUUUGAGAGGAGGGAAGAAAUACGUUAGUGAGUGUACCUGACAAUAUGAGGACUUCUGUGUCUGUUUCCAUUGCCCCUCUCUGGGCUCAGCUGAUGGGUAGGAAAUACUGGAGUCUAUAUGGCAGCAGCCUCUCUAGUUGGUAGGCAGGGCAAAUUAUGGAGGGUCUCAAGCUGCUCUCACCUAGUACUCUUCCCCCAAGUCUCAGAAUUGGGUAUCAGUAGGCUAGCAGGGACAUAUUGUCCAUGAAGAAAUUGGGUAGUUGGGUCUGAGGAACAGGAUGAGAGCUUGCAAUCUCAUUGCUGAUUCAUGUUUUUCUGGAAGAGUACUGAAAACACCCGCCCCUUUUAUUAUUUCCAGAACAAUAUGAGAAAUAUUGUGAGAACUUCUAUAUUGUUUUUUCUUCCUUUUUUAAAACCACACAGUGAAUAUUUAGCUCAUGUUCUCUUCUAACAACCAGAGAUAUAGUGGUGAAUAAAAUAAAGUUUACACCUUCAUGAACUUUAUAUUAGGGUAUGUAGGAUAUUAGUGAUAGAAAGUAAAAUUGCUAAAUGUAAAAUGUAGAGUAAUAUAAAUAUGAAAAAAUAUGCUUCAUUUUUGAGACUUUGCCUACUGCAUUUGCCAUGACUCUCAAUUAUAUUCAUGAUAUUUCAUAAUGUGUUUGUAUGAAUCUGUGUGUGAAUCUGUUGACCUACCUACCUAUCUACCUACCAUCUACCUUAAUGCAUUUAUAAACUUCAUAAACAGAGAAGACAAUUCAGCAUAUUCCUAGUUCUGGGAAGCCUUUUCUUAGGGAGACCGGUACAUAAUGUAAAGGGAGAAAGCAAGGACCAAAAAGUGUGCAGUCAACCACAAGAUCUUUUUUUUUUUUUUCAUUUUCUUUUUCUUUCUUUUUUUUUUUUUUUUUGCUUGUUCAUGGUGUGUGUGUGUGUGUGUGUGUGUGUGUGUGUGUGUUUGCGUGUGUGUGUAUGUGUUCUGUGUUGUCUGUUUGUUUUUAAUGAACUGAAUGCAAGUCACCCUAGAUGCCCAGGGGUCUAAAUUAAGGUAAAUAAGUUCUGGGGUCAGUCUUCACAGGACUAACGGUAGAAAAGACAGUUAGCAGUAGUAUGUAGCUUUGAUAAGGUUCUAUGGAUGACAGAGUAAGGAGUACUGUCCUAGAAUAGAUCAGAGUAGAGCAACAGGAAAGGUUUCCCAGAGGGAGUCAUGUUUUAACUGAGACUAACAAUCUAACAGUAAAACAAAACAAAAAGAAUUUUUUAAAGUAAAGCUCUAAUUUUUCACUUGAUCACCUAAGUAACAUAUGCCCUUGGUGAAAAUAUUUUAGACAAUUGGACAACAUAUUUUUUUUUUAAAGAAGGUGGGAAGGGAAAUCACCUAUUAACUCCGCACCUAGAGAAACCAUUGUUAACAAUCAGCAGAUACUUUUUUGAACAUGUAUUAUGUUCUAGGGUUAUGCCAACCGGCCACUGUCGUCUCAGAAGGGAGCAUUUUAAUUAGCAGGCAGUAUGAAUAGCAGCCACUCAAAUUGUAACUCCUGUUCGCUGUCUUCAGAUUUGGGCUUAUAAACCAGCUGGAUCCCGUUCUCGUUGAUGUAGAUAGACUGGCACAAAUGCAGUAUUCUCCUGCACACAUAUCAGAGCACCUGCCCUAACCCCUAUCUAAUGUAGUUGUGAAAGUCAGACUCACUAGGUUCAAAUUUUGGCUCUGUUUCUCCAUCUGUGUGGUCUUGUGCAAGUUACUUGACCUCUCUGUGUCUCAGUGUUUUUCUCUGUUGAAUUGGAUUAUCAACAGUAUAUACUUAAUGACUUUGUGAGAUAUUUUCAGAACUGAAUAAGAUAGUGUGUGUAAAGUGUUAAUCACAGUACUUGGCACAUAGUAGAGUAUUCAACAAAUGCUAUUAUUGUUAUGAUGCUGAUUAUUAUUAUUAUUAUUAUUAUUAUUAUUAUUAUUAUUACUAUUACAGUUAUUUUCAUUAUCAAGAAAAGUUGCCAAAAAUAUAUUUUGUCCGGUGCAACUCCAUUAUCACUACUGACAAAACAACUCAAAACACAUUUCCUACUGGGGGGGGGGGGGGUCAGAGAUAUCAUCUUUGCGACACACAUUAAGAAUCUGGGUUUAUAGCUGAAAAUUAUAAUAUAAUUUAGCUCAGUAGAUAAAUGACAUUAUGCAGACUAAUUUUCUGUUUCUAGGUAGAAAUGAUGUUUAAAUCUGCCUUAAAUGACCUUCAUGUUACAGAUUUUGUUUCAACAAUUUGUGACUAACUAGUUUGUUUUAUUAAAAGGAACUUUUAAGUCCAAAGCUCAUGUUUUUCACACAGUGCUACAUUUCUUUAUACCAUCAGUGGCUGAAAAAGAUGAGAAAGACAAUUUUAGCUAAAGAAGCAUCUUCAGGAAGGAGAAGAUUCUGCAUUGUAGAUCUGCAUUUUAACAUGAUAGUGAACAAAGAUAUCUAGCCUACCAUGCACCACAUAGUAGGCACUUAAAGAAUUGUUUAAAUUGAAUUACAUUUUAUAAGAAAAGGCAUGUGCACAUCAGUGUAGAUGUUCUGUGGAAAUGCAAAAAAGAUUUUAAGAGAAUGAUGACACAAGGGAAUAACAAUGUAUUAGAAAAAAGCAGUUGUAUGCAAUCUUGACAACACUUUAUGGUAACUGUCUAAAACUGUAGGCCUGCCUCUGUAUGAAAGGAAGACGUACAUAGUGAAAAAGAAUGCAGGUUCCAUACUUGCACAGCCAUGUUUUUGGUCAUCGCCUCUACCAUUCAAACUGCAUGCUCUUGGAUGUGCUGUUUCUUGGGUCUAAGGCCUCAAGUGGAAAAUGGAGCAAUAGUGGGCUCAUUCCAUGGUAUGGGUGUAUAGUGCCUACAAGUGCUCUUGGAACAUAAUGGGUAACUCAGUAAAUGAUAUCCACUAGUGACAGCAAUGACAACAAGAAAACAUAACAGUCCUGGGUACAAUGAAUAUAAUUCAUCAUAUAAUAAAUUUAUAAUUCAUACGUGUUAAUAUAAAAAUACUAAUACUUACAAUUGUUUUGCUUAAUGUUUGACACACAGUAGGAACUCUAUGCGUAAACUUUACCUUUUCAAAUGCAAAAGCAUUUGCAUUUUUCAAAUGCAAAAUUUGCUUUAGCUCUUCUAGUGAAAUGAAAAUAGAAUUCAAAAAUCUAAAACUAACUUUAUCUUUUGAAAAAAAAAUGACAAUAAAAGCAAAAGCCACCAAAGGAUUUGUUACUAAAAUAGUCAAAUAAUUUGGACUUGAUGCAAAUAAAGAGCAGGGAUAACACUCUGCUUCAAAUAGGAGAAAAAGUGAAUUAACUUGAGAAACUCUUGGGUGACCCCUAAUUUGAAUAGUAUUAAUUGGAAGUAUUUUAAAGAUCAAAAGGCUAUUAUUGCUAGUUGCAGUGGUAGCUACAUAUGGAAAAUGGCUGCAGAGAUUCACGAUACAAAAAUAGUUCAUUGCUAAAUUCGAAAUUCUGUUAAUGUCACAAACAGUGGGAUGUGAAACACAAAUGAAUUGUGAUGACAGUUGAGUCCCAAGCUGCCUAUUUUUUUCCCUCCGAGCUGCCCAUAUUUGGUUUUAUAUUUUCCUCAGUCCUGAUUUAACCCAUCAAUAUUUGUAUUUUCUGAAGCUAGCACCACCUUGGAACAUCCACUUAAGGAUUCUACUCCUAACUGCUUCUCAGUUCCUAGGAAUUUUGCUCUCACUGCUUUUCUUCCCACAGAAUGUUUCACCAUCACUAACUGGAUAUUUCUCACAACAUUGCUGUCUGCAGUGACUGGCACUUUUCCUCCACGCUUUGAGAGAAAGAGAAUUGGCUGGAAUAAAACCUUGCUUUCCAUAUGGUCGACUUGAAACAGCAUUGAAAAGUUCCUUGACCAUCAGUCUGUGGCCUGCCCCUUCUCUUUCUAUGCAGCCGCUCUCAGUUCCCUGCCCCAAUGAACAUCUGCACUAGGCCCAAGCCUUGGAGUGAUUUACCUGAAGAGUGACACCAUUGAUUUGGAAACUACUAUGAGGAAACUGAAGCCCAGAGAGGUGAAGUGAGGUGCCCAAGGCCACACAGCAAGUUAGAGGCACAGCUAGUACCAUAGCUCAAGUCUCCUGACUCCCAGUCCAGUGCUCCUCCCAUUACUUCACGGGUCCUGUCUCUAAGCUUCCUGACAAAUGCUAGAACGGAAGAAACCCAAGACAGCUGAAAACCAGAAGGCAUCUGAGGAGAAUGAGAUUACUCAGCCGGGUGGAUCCAACGCCAAGCCGGGCCUUCCCUGCCUGAACUUUGAAGCUGUUUUGUCUCCAGACCCAGCCCUCAUCCACUCAACACAUUCACUGACAAACUCUCACGCUCACACCGGGUCAUCUGAUUGUGACAUCAGUUGCAAGGGGAUGACCGAGCGCAUUCACAGCAUCAACCUUCACAACUUCAGCAAUUCCGUGCUCGAGACCCUCAACGAGCAGCGCAACCGUGGCCACUUCUGUGACGUGACGGUGCGCAUCCACGGGAGCAUGCUGCGCGCACACCGCUGCGUGCUGGCAGCCGGCAGCCCCUUCUUCCAGGACAAGCUGCUGUUGGGCUACAGCGACAUCGAGAUCCCAUCCGUGGUGUCGGUGCAGUCGGUGCAAAAGCUCAUUGACUUCAUGUACAGCGGCGUGCUGCGCGUCUCGCAGUCGGAAGCCCUACAGAUCCUCACGGCCGCCAGCAUCCUGCAGAUCAAAACAGUCAUCGAUGAGUGCACGCGCAUCGUGUCGCAGAACGUGGGCGAUGUGUUCCCGGGGAUCCAGGACUCCGGCCAGGACACGCCACGGGGCACUCCUGAGUCAGGCACAUCGGGCCAGAGCAGCGACACUGAGUCGGGCUACCUGCAGAGCCACCCGCAGCACAGCGUGGACAGGAUCUACUCGGCACUCUACGCAUGCUCCAUGCAGAACGGCAGCGGUGAGCGCUCCUUCUACAGCGGUGCGGUGGUCAGCCACCACGAGACUGCACUCGGCCUGCCCCGUGACCACCACAUGGAAGACCCCAGCUGGAUCACGCGCAUCCAUGAGCGCUCGCAGCAGAUGGAGCGCUACCUGUCCACCACCCCCGAGACCACGCACUGCCGCAAACAGCCCCGGCCAGUGCGCAUCCAGACCCUGGUGGGCAACAUCCACAUUAAACAGGAGAUGGAGGACGAUUACGACUACUAUGGGCAGCAAAGGGUGCAGAUCCUGGAGCGCAACGAAUCCGAGGAGUGCACGGAAGACACCGACCAGGCGGAGGGCACCGAGAGUGAGCCCAAGGGCGAGAGCUUCGACUCGGGCGUCAGUUCCUCCAUAGGCACCGAGCCUGACUCUGUGGAGCAGCAGUUCGGGCCGGGGGCAGCGCGGGAUGGCCAGGCCGAACCUGCCCAAGCCGAACAGGCCACGGAAGCUCCUGCCGAGGGCGGCCCACAGCCGCACCAGCUAGAAACAGGUGCCUCCUCCCCGGAGAGAAGCAACGAGGUAGAGAUGGACAACACGGUCAUCACUGUCAGCAACAGCUCCGACAAGAGCGUCCUGCAGCAGCCUUCGGUCAACACGUCCAUUGGGCAGCCAUUGCCAAGUACCCAGCUCUACUUACGCCAGACAGAAACCCUCACCAGCAACUUGAGGAUGCCUCUGACCUUGACCAGCAACACACAGGUCAUUGGCACAGCCGGCAACACCUACCUGCCGGCCCUCUUCACUACCCAGCCCGCGGGCAGUGGCCCCAAGCCUUUCCUCUUCAGCCUGCCACAGCCCCUGGCAGGCCAGCAGACCCAGUUUGUGACAGUGUCCCAGCCCGGCCUGUCGACCUUUACUGCACAGCUGCCAGCGCCACAGCCCCUGGCCCCAUCCGCAGGCCACAGCACAGCCAGUGGGCAGGGCGAAAAAAAGCCUUAUGAGUGCACUCUCUGCAACAAGACUUUCACCGCCAAACAGAACUACGUCAAGCACAUGUUCGUACACACAGGUGAGAAGCCCCACCAAUGCAGCAUCUGUUGGCGCUCCUUCUCCUUAAAGGAUUACCUUAUCAAGCACAUGGUGACACACACGGGAGUGAGGGCAUACCAGUGCAGUAUCUGCAACAAGCGCUUCACCCAGAAAAGCUCUCUCAAUGUGCACAUGCGUCUCCACCGGGGGGAGAAGUCCUAUGAGUGCUACAUCUGCAAAAAGAAGUUCUCCCACAAGACCCUCCUGGAGCGACACGUGGCCCUGCACAGUGCCAGCAACGGGACCCCUCCAGCGGGAACACCCCCAGGUGCCCGCGCCGGCCCCCCGGGGGUGGUGGCCUGCACCGAGGGGACCACUUACGUCUGCUCCGUCUGUCCAGCAAAGUUUGACCAAAUCGAGCAGUUCAACGACCACAUGAGGAUGCACGUGUCUGACGGAUAAGUAGUUAUCUUUCUCUCUUUCUUAUGAACAAAACAAAACAACAAAAAAGAAACAAACAAAAAAAGCUAUGGCACUAGAAUUUAAGAAAUGUUUUGGUUUCGUUUUUACUUUCUGUUUUUGUUUUUUGUUUCGUUUCAUUUUGUACUACAUGAAGAACUGUUUUUUGCCUGCUGGUACAUUACAUUUCCGGAGGCUCGGGUGAAUGAUAGUUUUCCCAGCCUCCCUCGGAUGGUGGCCUUAAGGCCUGGUAGUGCUUCAAGAGGUCCACUGGUUGGAUCUCUAGCUACUGGCCUCUAAAUACAACCCUUCUUUACAAAAAAAAAAAAAAAUCUUUAAAAAAAAAAAAAAGUAAAAAAAAAAAAUUUUUUUUUUUCACUUGUGAAGAGCACUACAAAAAAUCUAUAACAAAAUCUAAAAGGCCUACUGUCUUUAAGUACACCGCUUGCAGUGUUUCAGUGGACAUUUUCACAAUUCUGGCCGCUCGGACUUCACAGUAACCAGUUAAAACUGUGGAAUAUCGCUUCUGGUUGAAAACCCAGAGGAAAGGCCCUGCUGUUUUCCACCUACCACGUUGUCUGAUUUCAUAAAAGGGCUGGGGGGGGGGGGGGUGGGAACGGGCAGUGGGUCGGGUGGUGUGGGAAAGGCGAAUGGCAGGCUUCUCCCCCAGAUUCUGCUGAGUCCGCACCCCCUGGCCCACCUCCUUCAUAUCCCCCCUUUCAGCAGAAGCCAGGAAGACUUGGACAAGCAUCAAGCAACAGUGGCUAUCGUAUUUAUUCAGUGUCUUCGCUGAGCCACAGCCUCAGCACAAUCAAGAGGGACUUUCAUGAAAGGCAGGAAUGCAGAUAAAACAAAGAUAUCAGAGGUUUGCACCUACGUUUCUAGGUACAAGAGAAGGAUUAUUUCCAACAAUCUUUGCAAAAAAAAAAAACAAAAAAAAAAGUGUCAGGAUAUAUUCUUGUGGAAGAGAAAAAGAAAGAGAAAUGGAGGGUGGGGGGGAAUAAUAAAAAGUUCUUGAGGCUUUUUUAAUUCAAAAUUUUAUAGAGGGGCAAAAGUGACGUUUACCAGAUAGAAUGCUGAUUUUUUUAAUAUAUUUACGACAGUAUUUGUGUAAAAAAAAACAAAAAAAAGUGAGAUUGUUAAAAGUAAUUUUUUUUUUCGUUUUGGUUUUGCAUACACUGCCACCGAUCCCUUCUCUUUUAUUUUAUUUCACACACGUAUAUAUAUUUUUUGGUAAGUCAAGACUGUUAAGGUUAGCGCUACUGCUUCCAGAUAGAAAGAAUAAAAGGCAAUUAAAGUUAUAUUUGAAAGAGAGGAAGGAUAUUUUCUUCAUAUUUUUUUUAAUUUUUCUUAAUUUUUAUUAUUUUAAGUAUUGCCUGGGUUGCUGAGGGCCUCUGUGGCCAGCCCAUCCCUGCUGUAAUUUGAACCUGCUGCUUUGUAUUUUGAUACGUAGUUCUUUGACUUUUAGCAAAGCGUUAAGUUGCUCCACUGAAUAUUUUUUUCAACUGAUCCAUCUAGAAUUCUGUUCUUUUUCAUGGGAGGACUUUAUCUUUCAGAAACAGAUUCCUUGCUUCUCUGUAAGUUCAUUGAGAUCUUAUGAUUCUAGAAUUUCUAUUGACUUUACUUCUUUUCUUUAAGGAAACGCUAGUAGUCUAGAGGCCGUGACAAAUGGGUUUUCCUUUUGUGGUCAGCCAGGAGGAGGAGUUCAGGCCUCCUCACCCUUCACAACUACAGAGAGUAGCGUUAUCAGAAGCCUGGUACAGAUCAGGAUGCCUUGAUGCCAAAAUUACUUUCUUCCUUUCAAAUGUCACCUUCUGACUAUUUCCACCAUGGUUGAGAGGGCUAAAUAAGAUGACCGUCCUUUAGAUGAUUUCUUAACCCUUGCUUUUGGGAAAGUUUUAAAGAAAUUAACAGAUAUUUCUCAGAUGGCAACAUCCAUCAUUCAAAAGGCCACCAGUCCAUUGCAUCAUCCUAGAUGCCACUCUCUCUUCCUAGUUGGGAUUUCUCUCCUCGGUCCUGAUCAAAGCAUCGUAAUAGGGAUUUUUCCAUUCUAGACAGUGUCCUGAAGGGAUUCCAUCUCAAAUAGAAGAAUUCUUAAGCCUAACAAAUAUUCCAAAGGUGAUUUUAUUGCUGGGCAUGUUUUAACACUCUUCAGGGGGGAAAAGGACAUCUUUAAACAAAGCAGAAACACCAAACCACAAUUUUAAAAAAGAAGCAAAGACAGUAUUUUAGUUUCAAAAUUGCUUUGCAUUUUAAUUCUCCUGUCAGCGACUUAUUUGCAAAAACUGCAACAAAUGAGAAGAAAUCUUCCAAGGGAAGCAACUCUGUAAUGGCGAAAAUGCUUUUACUCGUAUAUUUUAGAUAUUGGUUAACUCGGAUCUUUUCCAUAAGUUCUUGGUGAUGUUUAGUAGGAUUAGUGCAACUAGGGUAUAUGUGGGUUUUAUUUGGUCCUAUGGUCCUUUAUUCGGUAAAUAAUUUGCUAGAAGUUUAAUGUAGACUUGGAUGGUUAACUGAUGAGUGUCACUCAUCAUGAUUUCUAAGAGGAGUUAUAACAAGAGCUAUGUGUCCAAAAUUGACCUGUUUUAAAAGUUAGUGGGGAACAGCUUCAGAAAUAAGAUAAAGUCCAUUUUUCUCUGCUAAUUUUGCAUUUUAAAGUAGCAGUGUUGUUAAGACUCUAUAUUUCCACUUACUGCCAACAGAGGGAGCAUUAGUUAAUUAACCAUGUCAUGGAAUUGUUUUGAUCUCUUGAAAACAACUCAUUCAACCCAUGACAUAAAAAAGAAAAAAUUGACAUUAAGAAAAAAAGUUGUUUAAUCUGGAGGAAAAAUGACAUGAAAUCACUCAGCAUGUGCUACAAAGGAAGAAGCCAAAAGCCACUUCAAAAUUUUUUCAGUUAUUUGACAGUAGCUGACUUAAGUAAGAUAGUGUCCUUAUUCCAACCUUAGCAAAGUAGGCAGAAUUUACAGUACUUCUAGAAAAGUUGAUCUUGGGUGCCAUAGUGGGCUACAUUUAGCAAUCUGCUUUUUAAAUCAGAGGGAGACCCAUUUACCCUAAUGCUGAUUUGCCAUGUGAAAAUCUAAGCAAUUGGUUUAAAAUAAAAUCCACAUUUUGCUAUAGAACAUGUAGAGGGAAGAACUUCCACUUGGGUUUGAAACACUAAUAUUCAUCCCUUCCCUUCAAAUGAAGCAUCUCUUUUUUAAAAAUGUUGGAGAACUCCCCGAGAAUUCUUGGGGAGGUGAUGCAGUCAUUAUAACCACACGGACUCUCCAGGUUUGCAUAGCAGUCGACUUUUUCUUACUGUAUGUCUAUUCCUCCCAAACACUCAUAGUCUAAAAUAGUUGGCAGAUUUGUUCUCUGGAGAGAGGAAGAAGCUAGACUGCAGAUCUAAACUGGGGAGCCAUGAACUUGCUACGGGGUCAUUACUGAUCUCUUGAAAGGGCUACCUUCUAAACUGAUGUAAACUAGACUGUACCUAUUUCAAAAGGAUAGAGAUGCUUUUAGAUCGGCAAUCCUUACUUUUAAAUUAAAUGAUUCCCAACAUCUUAAGAAAUGGGGAAACAUUUUGCUUCAAGAAUAGACGAUGAGCAUGAAUCCUUUAUUUUUUAGUUUCAAAUGCAACAAUCUUCUUACAUUUAGAACUUCAUGCUAGGAUGCUAUGAGUGCUAAAAAAAAUUUUUUUUCAGUAGUCAGGGGAAAAAAAUAGAUAAAAUGGAAGCAAAUGUUCCAGAUUUAAGACCUCUUAGGAUGAAUACAGGGAACAAGAACUGGUUUGGAAAAGAACAUUUUUUUUUAGUAAUUUAUGAUUUAAAAGUGGGUUAGCUGAACAAGGGAAAGGAAAAAAGUCAAAGGAGAAUAUUUGUCUCAUGACAUUUAGAUAUAGUUAUGAAAAAUAAAAUUUCCCAGCACUGAAAACAUUGGUAGCAUCUCAGCAUAGAGGGCAAUAACUAUAAUAAAUGCCAAUAUUUGUUCCAAAAAAAAAA